CUGCCACAUCUCAUCUUUUCUACGGGGAUCCCUAAUCGCGUUGGCUCGAUCCCAAUCACCACGGCUCAAAAUACCUCCUGCAUAUGUUGUGUCCAUUACACCCGCUUAUCAUGAUGAUAUUUUCUUCGACACCCAAUUGUAGAACAUUUGAGUGUUCAUGGCCCUUAGGAAUGGCUUGCAUUGCAAAGGAAAGUUCGCCUGUUGCCUGUCUUGGGCAUGUCCGUUGUGGGCCGCAGGCGACCCAGUGGUUCACUAUACUCAUAAAUGGAUGCAGGAGUAGCAUGUCAGAACUUACGCGACCGAGAAAUACGUUCGCUUGGGAAUUGAUGACCACUCCUUGUGCCGAAAUAUGCACAAUCGGGGUCAGCGAGUCGAAUUCACGAGUGUGCAAAAACGUAGAUUCCUCCCACGAUUUAUAUUACCUUCAGGAUUGCGAGAACCAACUGUCUCCCUCAGGGCAGCUCCUCCCUUCUUACGUUCUUCCUCCGUGUCGAGAUGUUCCAAGUCCUUCUCAUAAUUGUACGGAAGAUGCAUUUUGGAAUCUUGUCCACCUUUUCAUCAUCGAUGAAAUCCUGAACUGUUAUUCGCGGACGAAGUAAGUUGUGAUGGUAGUAAGUAGAUCUAAAGCGUAAUCGAUCUCUUUGAACUUUGGUUGAACUUGACGAACUUAACCCGCUUCGUAGUCCGGCUUUGGAGUUGAUAUAUCGCGACUCGGAUAAUCACAUCGCAGUGAAGCCACGCAACAAAGUCGAGACGAGACUUCCACUGUGCAUGCAUGUAUGUUCUGCGGAAUAGAUACACGAAAAAUGUCGUGUGGACAUGUAUUGCACGCAGGCAAAGCACUCACGGGGCAAUACUGUUCCCGCAAAUACUCUGUUGCCGGGUGAGGCUAGGGUACAAG